GAAAACAAUUGUUUUCAUUUGAAAAUUGAACGCAACCCUGUACCGGAAGUUAUUACAUAAGUUGAGUGUAACGCAACCCUUGGUCUAGUUUGUGGUUAUCUCCAAAUUUGCUCCAAAAAAAAGGUUUUUUUUCGAUCAUUUGGAAGAAUAAUAAUAAAGAAAAUAAGUCAUUAUGGCAGAUAAUUCUCGACAGAUGAAAUAUCCUUAUACUUUUACUGCAAAAAUAAUGCAAUUCCCGUAUAAAUAUUAUUACAAACACUCAUGGAUGUUUAGAUAUUGUGCAUUUGCAACUGCUAUUGUUGCACCAAUUGUCUAUCAAUUCCAAAAGUUGUCCUAUGCUCCAGCUAAUGUGAAGAAAUGGGAGGAGAGAGAUAGAAUAAUGUUUGAGGGACAUCAUUAGUUAUUUAGGUCUCAAAUUGCAGUCAGUUAAUAUUGUCACAUUUAAAAAACAUUUUUUUUAUUUUUUCUUUUUUUUUUGUUGUAAAUUGUAAUGUAUGAAUAAAAUAUAAUACUACAGAA